AUGAACGGCGUAAGACGAUUCUUGACCAAUACAGUCCAGGGCUCGACCCAGUCGUCUUCCCCCACUACGGGAAUACCUUUUGACGAACCCCCCAUUGUUAUCGAAAAAGGCACAUCCUGGACACCACAGAUCCCUGCGACUUCUUCUCGUAUUUCUGACGCCCCCUCUCCAUCUAAUGGUUCUCAAAAGGGCUCCUCUUCGAGUACCAUCAGUGCUCGAGAUUCAGUAACGAACUUCAUGACACCAAGCCGACUGCCUGCACGCACGUUGAACCAAUCACCAAAAUCCAUCACGCAAAGCUCCCCCGAAUCCCCUAUCACACCCGUUCCCGGAAAGCCAUUGCCUUCUAGGGGCACUCAGCGAUCAACGGAGGCGCAACGCGUUCCAUCGAAGCCGGGACGAAUAAAUGCAGUGAGCAGCAGGUCACCCUCCAGAUGGUCUCCGAAGGGUGAAGGCAUUUCACUGACGUCCCCAUUGGCAAUUAAGCCUGGGAGGGCAUUAUGGAAGAAUGGUGCACCGCCGAUUAACACUAAGGAUGAACUUCUGAUGAUGCUCUUAACCAGUCAAGCGGUUCUGGACAGUCGCGAGUUUGAGAUACUUAGUGCAGAGGAGGUCGAGGAGUUAAAACAAGAAUAUGCCCGGCUUCAGAAACGCGCCGCCCUGGUAUCUAGGAAGAUAGCGCUUGACACAAAAAUCCGAGACGCAACCACCUCCCUUUCUAAGCUCCCGCCAAGUAGACGGCAGUCUACCAAGUCAACGCCAGAGCAAGCUGAAUCAUCCAAAGGGAAAGUCGAAGUUGCGCAAAAAGAACUUGAUCAAAUACUCCAAAAAACAUCUGAGGCCCAUCGGAAACUAGUUGAACAUCGGGCAGCUGUCCUUAGCUUCACCGUCCGUAAUAUGGACAAACCACAAUACCAUACAACGCCGGGGGAUGCGGACGGCUCCGAUAACAGCACUUCAACAAAUGGUGCUAACCAAAGUGGAGAGCUAAGCCCAGCGUCUACAGCGCCUACAAGCACUUCUGCUUCAUCUCAUUCCAAAUUUGAGGGACCUCACCUAUACGCGGGUCAUUCGGAUGCCAUCGUCCCUUCCCCCAAGCCGCCUCCACCAUCCGAGCACGCUAAUUUACAAGGACAAUUAGCUGCCGCCAAUGAAGCUGCUAAUGCAGCCAAGCGAGAAGUGGCAGAGUAUCGGCGCGAGUUGUCCAUCAAGGAUUUGGAGAAAAACGAGAUGGAGACUAAGGCUGACCUGGAAUUGCAAGAGAAGGAAGAUGCCAUUUUGUCGUUGCAACGUGAGUUGCAGAGAUUGGCUGCGCUAGAAGGGGAGCUCCAGGCGCUCCAGGAAAAGCUCUCGAAUCUGGAACGUCAACAUGAUGAAAAGGAUGCACGCUUGGAUGACAUGCAACGUGUUCACGACGUCACCGUUGGUCAGUCCAGCGAAACUCGGCGAUAUCUGGAAGCCGAAGUUGAGAAACUUCGAUCCGAAUUGACAACCGUGCAACAGGUCAAAGCUGGAGUCGAAGAGGAGCUUCGUGCCGGCCAGGCUUCUUUCAGCGAUGUUUUGAGAUCCUUAGGUAUCGUGCUCCCACUAGGCGCAACUUCGCUCCCUGCUCUUGCUGCAGCUAUCGCUGCCCAUGUCGGAGGCCUCAAUACCAGAUUAGAAACCCUCGAGAAGCGGGAGACUAGCCGCAGCCGCAGUAUAGCGACCGAGGUACAGGAUAGUGCAGAAAAGGACCGGACCAUUGCAUCCCGGACCGCGUCGUCUCCUGGCGCAUCCGCAAACUUUUCCGCAGAACAUUCCCAAGUACUUGUUCCUCUCCGAGAACUGUGGGUGGAACUGCCGUCUUUGGAAGCUAGGGCAAAAGUUGGCGUCAAAGCUAAGAGUAGCAUCAAUGGAUCCAAGUCGCACAAAGCAUCCAUAUCCGAUCUCGACGUUCAUGCUCUCAAGUCCCUGUAUGACGCAACCCCUUCCGAAGCUGCCGUGAACUUUUCACUUGAUGCAUUUGUUAAACAUGUGCGCGCGCUGAUCGCCGACGACAAAGCGCUUGUGCAAAGACUAGUGCGGUUCGCCCAAGGACAUGAGUUAUUGAAGAGCAACGCAGAGCGGGCAACAAAACUUGCUCAAGACAGCACCCACGCACUUGAAACGUACCAGAAACAGGUGAAGACUCUCGAGGAACGGAACGCCUCACUGGUAGUACGACACGCUCAGAUGUUGGAUGAUGUUGCACAGUUGCAAGAAGCCCUCGAGCUUUCUAUCCAACAGAAGUCAGAACUUGAAACUGCGGCUGCCCAGCAGGCCCAAGCUCUCGAGGAACUUCAGGAGGCGAACAACAAGCUUAGUGCUAAGGCAUUAACUCUUGCUGCCGAAGCCGCUGAGGCAAAGGAAUCUUCUGAUCCUUCUAAGUCCCAAUUCGAGGCCAAGGUUGCAGCUCUGACAGCUGAGUUAAAAGAGGCGAAGGAUGAGCUGAACAGGAUACAGACUGCAGAAUCCGCCCAGAGAGUACAACUUUUAGAUGAGCUCAACACUCUGCAGACAGAUAAUGCUCAAUUGCGAAAUCAACUUCGUGCUGAGCAGCGAAAGAAUGGCAAGUGA